CCAUGCGUACGGCAUGCUUCGUAACGCGACAAACCUGUAAUGGGGAUCAUCCAUGAUUUUUCGUAGUCGCACCGGAUAGCGCGGGCUGCAAGCUCACAGAUGCAGUAUAUAAACCUCCACUACACUUCACAGAUGAAUCCAUAACCGUAGCAAACUUAUCAGAACAAAUUCCAACAUCCCAACUCUACAACACCUUCAAAAUUGCAAUCUUCGAAGAUGCCUCUCAUCAAGUACAAAGCCGCUGCCGUGACUUCUGAGCCUUCCUGGUUUGAUCUCGAGGCUGGCGUCCAAAAGACCAUUGCUUUCAUCAAUGAAGCUGGUCAGGCCGGUUGCAAGCUUAUCGCUUUCCCUGAAGUCUGGAUUCCGGGAUACCCGUACUGGAUGUGGAAGGUCACUUACCUUCAGUCGCUUCCCAUGCUGAAGAAGUACCGCGAGAACUCUCUUCCCAUUGACUCUGAGGAGUUCAAACGUAUUCGACGCGCCGCUAGGGACAACCAAAUUUAUGUCUCGCUUGGUUUCUCUGAGAUUGACCAUGCGACUCUUUACCUCACCCAGACCUUGAUCGAUCCUACUGGAGAGGUAAUCAACCACCGCCGCAAGAUCAAGCCUACCCACGUCGAGAAGCUCGUCUAUGGUGAUGGUUCUGGUGACACCUUCAAGUCUGUCACCCAAACAGAGCUUGGCCGCCUCGGUCAGCUGAAUUGCUGGGAGAAUAUGAACCCGUUCCUCAAAUCUCUCAACGUGUCAGAGGGCGAGCAGAUUCAUGUCGCUGGCUGGCCCGUCUAUCCUGGCGUGGAGAACUGCAAGUAUCCCGACCCAGCAACCAAUUUUGCUGAAACAGCCUCUGACCUGGUCACACCCGCUUAUGCGAUUGAGACUGGUACAUGGACAUUGGCACCAUUUCAGAGACUGAGUAAGGAGGGCCUGAAGAAGAACACACCCGAGGGCGUGGAGCCUGAGACUGAUCCCUCUACAUACAACGGUCACGCUCGUAUCUAUAAGCCUGAUGGGUCACUGGUCGCUAAGCCUGAUAAGGACUUCGAUGGCCUUCUCUUCGUUGAUAUUGAUCUUAACGAGUGCCAUCUGACCAAGGCCCUGGCCGAUUUCUCCGGUCACUACAUGCGCCCUGAUCUUAUCCGCCUACUCGUUGAUACUCGCCGCAAAGAGCUCAUCACAGAGGCUGAUCCGCAAGGAGGCAUCACUGCCUACUCCACUCGCGAGCGCUUGGGUUUGAAUGUGCCUCUCGAUGCCGAGGAGGGACAGAAGAAGAGGGUUGUCAGCACGAACGGAUCUAAGGUAGAUGGUCAAGUGGCUGUGUAAUCUGCCAUAGAGGGCUAAUUUCUCGGGG